AUGCAGCUGGUCUCAUUUACGUGGCAAAGGAAGUUUUUCCUCUCCGUUCCUUGUGGCUUCUUGUGAUCUCAUCUCAUUGCAGAUGAUUCCUUUGUUGAUAGAUAGGAAGCUUUUGAUCGAGAUUUUUGCUAUUAAAUUCUUCUAGUGGAUGUUGUACUCUAACUUAGAGGAAAUAAAUUGUUUCAACGUACUUUCAAGGUAACAAAGUUGCAAUGGCGUCCUGUUACUUCAAUCCUAUCCCUAUUAGCUCUCAGCUCAUUUCUGCAGAUUUAUCUAGAAAAUUCAAGAUUCCAAAGCUUCUUCACAAGCAGAAAAAGAGGUUUGAUGGUUCACCUAGAUCCUCAAAAAUUACUGCAUUUUAUGGCCUGAAGACACCUCCUUAUGAACUUGAUGCCUUAGAGCCAUAUAUGAGUAAGAGGACAAUUGACAUGCACUGGGGUGAAUAUCAUCGGAAUUUUAUAGAAGGUUUGAACAAACAGCUAGAAAAGGAUGAUAUACUAUAUGGUUACACCUUGGAUGAACUAGUCAAAGUGACAUACAACAAUGGGAAUCCGUUCCCCGAAUUCAACAAUGCAGCUGAGGUUUGGAAUCAUGACUUCUUCUGGGAAUCCAUGCAGCCAGGUGGGGGUAAUAUGCCCACACUAGGUCUCCUUCAACAGAUUGAAAAGGAUUUCGGAUCAUUUAUAAAUUUUAGAGAGAAAUUUAUAGGAGCUGCCCUAACAUUAUUUGGUUCUGGUUGGGUUUGGCUAGUUUUGAAGAGAGAAGAGAAACGGCUAGCCAUAGUCAAAACUUCAAAUGCCAUUUGCCCAAUUGUGUGGGAUGACAUACCAAUUAUCAAUUUGGAUUUGUGGGAGCAUGCAUACUAUCUGGAUUACAGGAAUGAUAGAGCAAAGUAUGUGGAUGUAUUCAUGAACCACCUUGUGUCUUGGAAUGCUGCAGCGGAACGAUUGACUUGGGCAGAGGCUUUUGUGAACCUAGGAGAACCAAAAAUUCCAGUUGCAUGAAAUAUUCAAAUGCUUAAUAUGAUUAUUGAAGUGGUGGCAACGACCAUAUGGCAUCUUAGGUGGAAUUUAUAUAGGAAUAGAUAGGUUUCAGUCAUCAUUUGAAUACAACAUUCAUAGUUCCCGUGUGCUUUCUGGUUGUCAAAUUUUGCGGUGUUUAGGAUUGAAGACAACUUGUCAUUUGGAGAGAUCUUGUGAACUUAGAGCAGGAGGCAAAGAUUUCAAUGUGUAAUGAAAGAGAAAAACAAACAUGUUCUUGGACUUACUAAGCGUUAUUGUAUGGAAGUAUGAAUGUAAUUAUUAAUGUGGCAAGAGGCUAUUAAAAUUUUAAAGUGAA